UGUGUGUGGUGUUUGUGUGUGUCCGUGUGUGUGGCCUUUCAGAGUGUAGAAUUUUUCUCCGAGUUGAACUGCUCACCGACCGACUGCCCCGAGGGGCUGAAGAUGCUGCCCUAGUCGGUGGCGAGGUUCGGCGCAACAGCUGGCUGGUAGCCAGUGUCUGGCGCCGGACGCGCGCGGAGUGUCACAUGUGCCCUCUGCGAUUACACUUCGUGUGUGCGCGCUCUGCCUAGCCUGCCGCUGCCUCAGCCUGGAAGAUUUCAGGUCUGCUUCUGCUUCCCGACCAGAGUGUGCUGUGCCUGAAUUUGUGCUAAAAACAAGGUUCAGACAAACACUUAAGCAUUCCACAGGUGUGGACUGGCCUUCUGCUAAGUGUCGGGGCCUCCGGUCUGAGGACACCACGAUGAACUGGGUGUGUGUCCAACCUUCCAAGAAGGAGCAUAUCCUGCAGAAGCUGCAUCUGGUCCGUACACUUGGGUUCCCCUCCUCCUGUCUCCUCCAUGCACAGCUGCAGCUACCGAGUGAUAACUGGCAUGUGGUCGCAGACUCAAAGCCAGGAAGGGAAUGGCUUUCGCUGAUGUGUUUUCCAAAACGGUCAAGGGUUAUUGGUACCUUUCCAGUCUGGGUUCUUCCGGCCGUGCCCGUCCCUCCGCUACCUUCCAGCUCUUUGAGAACCUUCAUCUUCACCAUCCUGUCUAGACCCAAGGGCCAGGCGGAGCUGUGAGCAGCGACGACGCCUCCAUGGAUCCAGUUCAGAAACGUAACUCAACACUGAUUCCCGAAUCUUCCCCGAUGAGCUCUGAAGAGACCUCCCGGGAAGUCACAGCAGCCUCCCCUCCGUCCUUCUCAGAACUGCUAAUCAUGGGCCUCGGUGACCUCAAAACCAGUCCGGGCACCAGAUGCCCUGCCCCUCUGCCAGAGGGGCUGCUCCAGCAGCGGUACAGGGAUGAGAAAACCCUCCAAGAGAGGCGGUGGGAAAGGGCAGCGUCCCCUCAGAGGAAGAGAACACUUCUGGGGCCUGUGAGACGGCGACACCUCGAUCACGUGGCACCUUACCGGGUCGAGAGGAAGGCCAGGAUCCCUUCCUCGGGGGAUAGGGAUCCGAACAGAUUCCGAUGUGAAUGUCGAUACUGCCAGAGCCAUAGGCCCAGCGUCUCCGGGAUGCCUGCAGAGAGGAAAGGGGCCCCGCAUCCUUCCUCCUGGGACACGCUGGUGCAGGGCCUCAGUGGCUUGACCCUCAGCCUGGGGACCAGCCGGUCCGGCCUUCUGCCCGAAGGGGUGCUCCAACAGCAGGAGAGAGAGGAGAAGCUCCAACUGGAGAUGCAGCAGGAAAGCAAAAGAAUGUUCCAGAGGCUCCUGAAGCAGUGGUUGAAAGAAAACUGAGGCUCUUGUCCUCACGUGACAGAGAUCUGAACGGAUUCAGACGUGGAGGCUGGUGUGGCCAGAUCCUGAGCGUGGGUUCCUUUUGGGGACCGAACAGUAAGCGGUCAGAGAAGUCAGAGAAGGAGCAAAAGCAGCGUGAGGACUGGACACUCGGUCCGUGUGAGCGUGGAGCCAGUCCCUUUCCUGCCUGGAAUUUCUGGGUCACCGUGGGGCUUUCUGUGGUUCACUGCGUACCAGAGGUCCUUAACUUCCGUGUUUCGGCUCCCAUGAUGCAUGUUGUCACUUUCCCACCCCGGAUGUCUGUCUCUCCUCCCUGCCUUGUCGUCAGUAAGAUAUAGGGUUUCUCUGUAGCAUGAAUGCCCUGGUGAUGGCCAUGUGCUUUCGUGCCGUGUCACUGACCGCCUCCCAGAAGCAGCACUAGGUCUGCUGGGAUGCCCGUGCGCUCAACUGAGCCCCACUUCCGAGAAUCUGACGCUAAAUCGAGCAUCUGACGGAAAGGGACGUGGAACUGGAACGUGGGGGUUCACCACGGUGUUCUCUGUGUAAGCCAUUAUGAAUACGCUGAGCUAAAUGUAGGUCAACGUUUCCCUGCUUCGUGAUGGUACUCCCCUUGGCGGAAUUUCUGAUGGGUUGCCUCGUCAUGCGUACCAAAUAAAUCUGCGUAUGA